AGUCGUGAGCAGCAYCCAAAUCGAACUUCAUUUCCCAGGAGAAAAUGCAAUCUGUCAGUUUCUACUGUCUACGAGCUCAGACAGYCAGUGCAAGGGAGAACUCAUCSGAACGGUGACAAUUCUGUCUGUUUUACAACGAUUAUUGUAUUUGCAGUCAAAAGAGGCAACAUUUAAACUCACUUGGUGUGAAUCCCUAGCCCCCCGCCCGCUACCCUUGCACAGAGAUAUGAGCGGCAGCGGGCGGCCCAGAACUAGCUCGUUUGCUGAGCCACAAGGUAAUCCCGGAGCCGCUACAGCAUCCACCGGAUCAGCCGCUGCGGUGGGGAGCAGCACAGGAAAGACCGGGGUCCAGCAGGCCUCGGGGAGCAGUUCGUCUGGAUGCUCAAAUUUAAAGCUGGCCAGGGACAGUGGGAAGGUGACUACGGUGGUGGCCACAUCUGGGCAGGGUCCCGACCGCCCACAGGAGGUGUCCUACACGGACAUCAAGGUGAUCGGGAAUGGCUCUUUCGGUGUGGUGUACCAGGCACGCCUCAUKGACAGCCAGGAGAUGGUGGCCAUAAAGAAGGUGCUGCAGGAUAAGAGGUUCAAGAACCGAGAGCUACAGAUCAUGCGAAAGUUGGACCACUGCAAUAUCGUGAGGCUACGCUUCUUCUUCUACUCUAGUGGUGAAAAGAAGGAUGAGGUGUAUCUCAACCUGGUGCUGGACUUUGUCCCAGAGACCGUGUACAGGGUGGCCCGGCAUUUCAACAAGGCCAAAAGCAUCAUUCCUAUCAUUUAUGUCAAGGUGUACAUGUACCAGCUUUUUCGCAGCCUGGCCUAUAUCCAUUCCCAGGGUGUCUGCCAUCGAGACAUCAAACCCCAGAACCUGCUYGUGGACCCUGAAACUGCCAUCCUAAAGCUCUGUGACUUUGGGAGCGCGAAGCAGCUGAUUCGUGGGGAGCCCAAUGUGUCGUACAUCUGCUCGCGGUACUACCGCGCCCCAGAGCUCAUCUUCGGCGCCACCGACUACACGGCCAACAUCGACAUCUGGUCGGCGGGCUGCGUGCUGGCCGAACUGCUACUGGGACAGCCCAUCUUCCCCGGGGACAGCGGAGUGGACCAGCUAGUGGAGAUCAUCAAGGUUUUGGGAACUCCGACACGGGAACAGAUCCGAGAAAUGAACCCCAACUACACAGAGUUCAAAUUCCCCCAAAUCAAAGCACAUCCCUGGACAAAGGUGUUUAAGCCGCGCUCCCCUCCGGAGGCCGUCGCCCUGUGCUCGCGCCUGCUGGAGUACACCCCGGUCACCCGCUUUUCGCCCCUGGAGGCCUGCGCUCACGCCUUCUUCGACGAGCUGCGCCAGCCCAACGCCCGGCUGCCUAGCGGCCGACAGCUGCCCCUGCUCUUCAACUUCAGCACCACCGAGCUGUCAAUCCAGCCCCAACUGAACUCCACCCUAAUUCCUCCUCAUGCCCGCGCACAGACCAGUUCAUCUGUAGAUGGCUCUGCGUUAGAUGGCUCCUCUCAGCACAGCUCAGUACCCGGAUCACUCAACAACAGCACCUGAAACAUCCCUGCAAAACCCUCUGUUUGUCUGCCAUACACACACACGCGCACACACACACACACACACACACACACACACACAGACACAGACACAGACACACACACACUAUACUGCUUCUUUCUACUUCGCUGCUUGUUCUUUCUCCCCAUUGGUUACAAACAUACCUUUUUUGUACUGUACAUACAUUGAACAAACCAUUUAUAGCGUUAGAGGGUAUCAUUAGCUGACAAGGUAGUUUUGUUACAUUCAAUUGAAACUAGAUCAGCACUAUAGGCAGAAUUCGACACUCUCACACACACACACACACUUUCUCAUGUACUGACGACACCUUAAGUAUUAUUCCACUCCCUGGCUGCAUCUCCUUUGGCCCAGCUCUCUCUUUCUCUCUGGCUGUUUAUAACACUCAUGUUCCUGCUAUUGAGGGUGGCAUUCYAAGGUUCAGUAGGUGGGGCAGGUCCUCUCUCUAUAAUAUUUUUUACAUUUUUUUAAAAUCAAGUUUUUUUUUGUCUUUUGAUUCUAAUGUGUAUUUAUUUGACUGAAGACUUCAUGAAGAGUUCUGCCACAACCACACACAAAGUCUACAGGAGUUUGUCUCUAGAAGCUAAUCGAGGUGUUUCCCAGUAACAGUCAUUUAUAGACAAAUGGGAUAAAAUGGUUCUGGUUGCCAGAUGGAGGGAGGAAGAGGCUGUGUUUGUUUUAAUACUUUUUAUAAAAUUAUAUWAAAAAAUAUGAAAUGACAGCUGCUUUUUUUCUUUUAAUUGUAAAUGUAUUUAAAUGUUUUAUUUGCUUUGACGGCACUGUGAACUUUUACAUGAAAAGGGGGGGUUCAAGUUUAUAAUUGGUAGCCAUACUUGCUAGCAAAUUUCCGGUGUGUGUGUGUGUUGAGGAUCUGAAGAAAAGGGUUUGACAGAUGGUGAGGCUGGUGGUGUUCGUGUGAAGACUGAGACGUCCAGGACUCACAUCUGUGUAGCAGCAUCUCUCAGACAGUCCGAAACUGAGCCUCCCUUUACUGUCCAUGGGAAGACAAAUCAAAUACAGGAAUGAAGGUCCUAUAGAUGGUUAAGACUGCUGCUGUGGUAGUGAAAUGUCACCUUCCUAUUGGCUUUAAUAUAUGGCAUACCAUAAAAAUCUUGUAUGGUGAAGUUACAUGUUUGAUUUCAAAAUCAGGUUCUGGCUAAUUUGGCACUCAUGCAUUCAUAGCAUGAACUCUCCAGAACUCCUGAUUUGUAAGAGGGACCUUUUUUUUAAAUUCUUUUUUUAAAAGUGUAUACACGCCGUGCUGUCAGCACACUUGUAAGAAUCUUUGUCAGUGUCACACCCAUCUAGAUUGUAGAGGACAAAGGGAUGAUCAACUAUGAGUUCAGCCAUGUGGACAUAAAUGUAUCCUACAUGGAGUAGCAGACUCCAGGAACUGGUAACAGACCAUGAUUCCAGUUCCGUUCUGUUCAUUCUCAAAUGGAGUCGAGGUCGUGUGUGUGUGUGUGAAGACGCGUACUCUGUUACUGGUGUAGUGUGGCCCAUAGUGAGUUCACAGUAGCCCUACAGUCUUGUGGGAGUGAAUGAGAAUGAGUGAGAAAUUGAAGCGGGUGAGUUUUUUUGUUGUUGUGUGUGAUAAUGUGUUGUUGUUCAUGUGAAUAAUCGUACUCCGAUCCGAUCUGCACCGUUUUAAAAAGCCAGUGUUGUAGGUUUAGAUCAGUUCUCAGUACUGACCACUUGAAAGCGUUCUAGUACAAGCGUGUUCUGAUUAUUGUACCACCUCUACCACCCACUUGUAGAAACAACCCUCAUAUGUUCUGACGUUGAUUUAAAGAACACAUUCUUCCUCCUUUUAUCUCUCUGAAGCCAUCUUCUUCCUAGCCCGGAAUCCCUAUUGAUUUGRGUGAAAUGGAGCAUAUUGGUUUGGAUUCCGUUUUUUUUUCUCCCUGUAAAUAUCACCAACUUUUUAAAUUUCCCCUCAUUGUUUUUAUUACAGUGUUUUAUUUUCCGUUACCUGUUGAAGUCGUCACGGACCAGUUUCAGUCCCAUUCAAAAGUCUAAGUACAUUAGUUUCAAUGCCCUGAUUUCAAGAUGUAAAUACCCCACACACAAAAAGACCACAUUUUCCCUCCCUGUUUGUUGAUGUCUCUCUCUCCGUCUCUCUCUGGUUGUGCGCACCCGUAACGUGUGAUGGUACUGUAUCUUGCCGCUUUAUUUAUUACCUCACUUGGUGUUCUCGUGUAGGGAGAGGUUGAGGCACCGACUGUUUUGUGGGCAUUAUGUAGAAUGUUCCAGAAUACAUGUACUCUACUUGGAACCCACGACAUUGGUAUGUUUGGAAAGUUGGACUGAAAAUGUUUGGUUGGAUAUAUCCAGAUUUGAUCAGACUAUAUCUGUGGUACGAUUCCAACGAAUACAUUUCCCUGGRCUUUUUUAUAUAUUUUAUUUUUUACCUUAAGUCAUCUACGUACUGACCUUUUGACAGGGAAAUMUGAUUGUGGGCUGUUUGAGUUUACCAGACAACCAUUUGGCCAAUGCACUGCCCCUGUACCCAUUCAUUACAAUGGGCGCCCAAUGUAAGAGAUUUAAAUUGUGUGAAAUUGUCAUGUUGUGCUGCAGAGAAGCCAUAAUAUUAAAAAAUAAKAAUACCCGCUGAAUGUGUAGGGUAAACCUGAGGGCCUUGAUGGCGACACGGGGUCGGAUGGUGCAGCCAGCCUCCCUCCCUUGACAAUGCCUACGCCCAUCACGGACAAUUCUGACUUUUGCCGCUUUCAAAAUGUCAGCCAUGGACAAAAUGCAGCGACUGCAGUACGAACCAGUUAUCAACCCCCUCCUGUUCUGUGUGCUGAWGUACAUGCCUGUUUGCUGGUUUCAUAACUCAGCAGGAUCAGGCUACUAGCCAAUUAUACUAGAAGUACCCUGUUCUGUGUAUAGCAAACCAAGUGAGGUCACUUUUUAAUGUUCUGUGAGUAAAAUUGUUAUCGGUAAUUUUUCAUUCCAAUCCUGUUUCUAUUGUAUCUUCCUGGUCAGGAGACCUGGUGUGCUUUUGGGAAGGAGGGAGAGAACCCAACUGUCUGUUUUUGUCUGUAUGAAAUGAGCUCAUUUAAUAAAGUGAUGAAACUCCUGUGA